AGCCACGAGUUAUCGCCGCCAGACCUGAAACUAGAACUAGAGCCAGCUGGGUAUUCGACUUCCAUUUCAGGAAUGGAUGCUUUGCCCGGUUGCACCAUCGCCCAUUCUUGAUGGCUCUUGUGGCUAUUGCUGCACUUGUGAAUCACCGAGAUGGCGACGAUAGGUCUGGUGGUAUUGUUCACUACUCUGACACGGGCUGUUUUCGUGUUUUCCGCUGGGCCAGACACCAGGUUAGCGGCUCCUGCCAUGGCAGACUUGAUUGAGUCGAGCAUGUUUGCCUUGACCAAGGAGAAACGCCUUGAAUGUGCGUUGCGAGAUUCUGCUUCUUCUUUUAUUUAAAGAAGAGAUUUUGCACGACAGUUCUCUUGAGCUCCUGCGCAGACGAUCACAUUAUAUACACCCCUCGAACAACGGUCCGAAGGUUAGCUGACUCGAGGUAGUGAAUGACUCUCUAUCGCAUGAUAACAUCUGCCGCUCCUUGACUAUCAUUGCCAAAUUGUAGCGGCCCGUUCCAAGUAUGUCCAGGUUGACCCGUCGAAUCAAAUUGGGGACAGAUCCGGAUCUGCACGGGUACUUACCUUGUUUCGAAGCACGAAGGACCACAUGGUUUCGCACGUUUGGUCUUGACCUGUCUUCAAUUGUAUAUCAGGCGGAAGAUGACCCCGAUAAGGUUGAUCAUCCUGACCUCUUUUCUAUAAUAUUCCGGGAUCGCAAACUCUCUCUUGUCCAUAAACUAUCAAGUAAUAGACAAGAUGUAUCUUCUGAAUACAUGUGCAUGAACUGUUCCGUGUGCUAGUCGCUACUCAAACCGUUCAUCCACACUGAUUUCAGAAAUUUGGAAAGUUUCUGCAAUGGCACGGCUGAAUGUCUGUACGCUUUUUGAAAUCACGAGGCAUCGGUGCUUAAUAUAUUCAAGUCUAUGAAUUGCACUGUUGAUACAACUGCAACGAGGCGUAACAGGGAAUAUUGCCAGGGAUAGAGAACGAGCCAUACUGUAACUCUUGUAAUAAUCCGAGUGAAAUCAAUACAGUGUUAUCACACUGGAACGCGCCGAAGAUCGCGAUAGUCACUUCGGUUCCCGAUAAAUAUCAGAAACAAGCUUAGAGCCUGUUUGAAGGUAGUCUGCCAAACGUUUCCUCCGUAUUCAAUUUCUCGCAUGACUGAGAAUUAUCUAAGCAAGGAGCUAGCCCUUCUCGGAGUGUAUACGAUUAUCAUAGUUCAUGUUUUUCGACGGAAUAUCAAGCAUGAUUGAUAGUCAUAAUAUCAAGGAAUCCAAAACUGGUAUUAUUUGCAAGAUCUUGAAGCGUACCGACUUCCUGACCGACAAAGGCACUUUCGCAUUCAGAGUCCAGCAGAUCAAUUAAAGUGUUUGGGUCACUUGAGGCUAGUUAUGUGAACGAGAGCAGGGUAUCACAAUGAUGGCAUUGUACUUGGAGGCCUUUCUUUUCUCAUAGAAAUCAACGUGGUCCUUCUAUAAUGCAACUCUUGCAGCAUAUAUCCAUAGCACGGAUUUCGUCUAUUAUGUUCCAUCUUACCCUCACUUUUCGGCCUCGUCUUCAUUUGUACUGUUGUCGUCGUCGUUGUCGUCGUCGUUAAUUUCGUUCGUCAACAUAAAAGCCGAAGUAAAAAUAAGAGUGAGGCACGUGACAUGAAGCACGGGCCACCCGCUGCGACUAAAAACCUCCAUCAAAAGCAUCAAGAAGGCUCAAGAAGAAAUGCAAGAAAAGUGACAGCGGGCGUGAAGUGAAACAGCACAGAGGAUAUUCCCAGAGAUGACUGCUUACCCGUGCUGAGUAUACGCGCCAACCGCCCCUUGAACCCGUUUACAGCGCUUGUCUACCGUUUCUUUGCUUCUACCAGGUUAGGGUGUGUAGAGAAGCAGGAUGUAUAAUCCAUACCAAGCUACAGGGCCGUAUGGCCAACCGCCAGAUUUUGGGAGCUAUCCUGGCGCGCCCCCAGGCCUUGGUGGUCCACCAGGAUUGGCACCCCCGGGUAUGGCACCUCCAGGGACCGGUGCACCACCGGGAAUGCAGCAGCACAACGUCCAACAGCCAGGCCGGCCCGGCGGCUUUCCACCAAACUUCCAGCCUCCCGCGAACAUGCCAAAUAUCAAUUUCUCUGCACCUGUAAUUCGCCUAGGCACUUCAGGCCCUCCUAAAUCGACGACUCCGCAUGAAAGUGGCCGUGAGCGGGGUGGAGACAUGGGAGGGCGCAGGGGAGGCCAGCACCACGCCGCUUCAAUAGAAUCGCAGCGUCAGAAUAUUCGUGAAGCCAUCAUGCAGCUGCAACCGCCGACAAAGGAUGAAAUUGUACGCACGAUUUUCGUUAGUGGUAUUACUGAAGGCACAGGUGGUGACGAAGGCGUUGAACGCAUUCUGCGAUCGGCGGGUAACCUCAGGCGCUGGAUUCGGGCAACUGAUGCAGACAAUAAGCCUUGCAAGUUUGGUUUUGCAGAGUACGAGGACCCAGAAAGUCUUAAUACUGCUGUCGAGGUGCUAAGGGAUAUCGAAGUUCCUGUCGACAAACAGCGGCCGUCUGACGGUGAAAAGGGGGAUGAAGAAGUUGAAAUGAGUAAACUAAUGGUUGUUGUCGAUGAUAGCUCUCUUAAAUACCUUGAGCAGUAUGAAUCCAACAAUACUCAAGAACCAGAAGAAGUACAUUCACGUCUCGAAACUGCAAGGAAGAACCUUGCGGCUGUUUUAGCAGAACUGACCAACCCUUCAGCUCAAGUCAAAGGAGAGGGAGUGGACAAGGAUGGUGACACGGCCAUGGGUGAUGGAGAAAAGCAGGCUGAUGGCACUUCUGCUGAAGUGAUUACCAUUCCGAUCACUGUGGAGGAUGAGCUUUCAGAUAUACCUGCAGAGAUGAGAGAAACUGUUGCAAAGGAGAUUGCGGCGUUCCGUGAAAGGAGCAAUCGUCGGGAUCUCGAGCGACUGAAGCGAGAAGAGGAGAUCGAGUCUCUAGAGCGAGCUAGGAAUGCUGGCCAUUCGCGUUCGAACAGGCUGUUGUCUCCGUCACGUUCAACGUCUGGACCAGCAGGCGGCGCUAAUGGGAUUCCACUUGGGCCCCGUGAUAGAAGUGUACCAAAUGCCCCAUCUGGGCCAAAGGGAUACGGACACCAAAUUCCAAAGGAUUACCAAAAGGGCGUAUCAUUUGUCAACAAUGAAACGGAGAUUAUUCCGGAAGAGGAUGAUACCGAUGCAAGCGAUUCUGAGGUAGAAAGAAGGCACCAGGAAAAGCGAAACGCAGAACUGGAGAAACAAGCCUUAGAUCAGGAAAGACGGUGGCUAAAUCGCGAACGAAGCAGAACAGCUGCAGUGGAGAGGGAAAAGAAUCGAGAGCGGGAAGAAGGACAGCGUGCGGAAGAGGAGAAGCGAGCUAUGGCCAAACGGUUACGGGAGUGGAAUGAUGAUACGGAAGCAAGCCGGAAGGUAGAAGAAUACUACGCUGACCGUGGAGUGUGGAUUCGUAAGCGUGCUACAUUCCGGAAUAGGGAGGCCGCCAUGGACGAAGCCGACAGAGCAGCCGAGGAGCGAGAAAAGGCUAAAGAAGCCCAGCAACAAGAACAAGCUCGCGGUAUGGCAGAAGACUUCCUCGCCCGCCAAGCCCAGGAGAUGGAAUCUCGCACCCAGCCGCGCAAGGAGCCCCAGCGAUUCAAAUUAUCCCUUGGAGCCGCUGCUCAGAAAGCUCAACGAAGGACCGUUGCUGAAGUUGAGGGUCUGCUUGAAGACGAAGAAGAUUCCUCUGCAACUGCCAGACGCCCCCUGACAGAUAUCAAAUUCGAUUCUAUUGCCGAAACCGCAGGACUCACUGAUGAAGAGCGCGCUCAGGCUGCCAGGCAGCUCGCAGCCGAGAUCCCUUCAGAUAAAGAAGGUCUCUGGCAGUGGGAUGUUAAGUGGGAGUUUGUGGAUGAGGCAGUCCUUAGCGACCAGCUCAAGCCGUUCGUUGAGAAGAAGAUCAUGGAGUACCUCGGUGUCCAGGAACAGAUGCUGGUUGAUGUUGUGGAGGAGCAUAUCCGGAAGCGUGGUAACCCUCAGGAUCUCGUGGAGCAGCUUGAAGGGGCACUUGACGAAGAGGCGGAGGUUCUGGUGAAGAAGCUGUGGCGUAUGAUUGUGUUUUUCUCUGAGAGCGAAAAGAGAGGCCUCUCAAGCUAG